GCAUUACGUUUGCAAAUUUGAAUCUUCCGUUUGCACUACCAUCUUUCCAUGAGAUGUAUCGCGAGCCGCCUGGGGACCACCUGGCGGACUCUGCGCCUCUAUAGCAGCAAAGCUACCUCAGCUGUUGUACUACGUCCUUACCAAGAGCAUUGUCUUCAGGCAUGUACCGAAGCUCUGCAGUCUGGUAUUGCUCGACUCGGUGUCUCUUUACCUACUGGGUCUGGCAAAACCACUGUCUUCAUUACAUUGCUCGGUCGGAUCAAACCUCCUGAAACGCACCCCGCUGCUAAACAAGCUUUGAUCAUCGUUAAUAGUAUAGAACUAGCCCGACAAUCUGCUACCCAAGCGGAGAGGAUAUGUCCUGAGUGGACAAUAGAAAUCGAGCAAGGAGUAAAGCACCAUGCAUCUGGAUUUGCAGACGUCACGGUAGCGACCUAUCAAACAUUGCUACAGCCCAGCCGCCUAGCGAAAUUUGACCCUCGAAGGUUCAAAGCUAUCAUCGUCGAUGAAGCGCAUCAUGCCGCUGCACCGUCCUAUCGCCAUAUUCUGUCCCAUUUCAAUCCAGCGAUAAAGAACCCAGACUCGACCUUCCUUCCGCCGAAGCUCGAUCAUCCUAUCCCAAUUCUUGGGUUCUCGGCAACAUUCAGUCGACACGAUGGGCUCGCUCUUGGUUCCGUAUUUGAACAUAUCGUUUAUCAUCGGGACUUCUUAGAGAUGAUCAAAGAGGAAUGGCUUUGCAAUGUUCGCUUUACUUCAGUACGAGCAAAUAUCAACCUCAGCGAGGUCACCGUCAAUUCUCGUACUGGAGACUUCAAUCCUACUAGUCUAGCCCAAGUAAUAAACACCGGUACAGUGAACCGCCUCGUGGUACAAACCUGGCUGGAUAGGGCUGCUGACAGAAAGUCGACAUUGGUUUUCUGCGUGAAUCUCGCCCACGUUCGAGAACUCACUGCUGCCUUCCGAGCUGCAGGCGUGGAUGCGCGUUAUAUUUACUCUGGUACGCCAGCAGGUGAACGAUCUGCAUUGGUUACGGCCUUCAAGGCGGGCGCAUUCCCCGUCUUAUUGAAUUGCGCGGUGUUGACGGAGGGCGCAGACAUUCCGAAUAUCGAAUGUGUCAUCGUGGCCAGGCCAACUCGCUCACGCAACAUCUUCGCUCAGAUGAUUGGGCGGGGAAUGAGGCUCUCUCCUGACACUGGGAAGGAGGACUGUCGCAUCAUUGACUUUGUUGAUUCUACAGCACGGGUAUCUGGUGUUAUCUCAACACCUUCGUUAUUUGGACUUGACCCUUCCGAGGUCAUAGAUGAUGAAUCUACCGACGCUCUCGAAGAACGAGCGAAUCAGCAAGUAGACAUCCUUGACCUACCGACUAAGCAGGAUACUUCUGACGAUAUACCCGAUCCAACGUCUGUGACAUAUACUGACUACGACGACCCGUUCUCCUUUGUGGACCAAAGCUCGGGUGCUCCGCAAAUACGCAGAAUGAGCGGUUAUGCGUGGGUAGGAUGCGGAGCUGAUAUCUACGUCUUGGAGUGUCUGGGCAAAGGCUAUAUUCGUAUAGAGCCUGUGGAAACCGAACAAGGUCGGCAUUAUGAAGCCCUCUUUACUCCUCCCACAUUGCCUAUGGCAACUGCCUUGACUUUGAAGAUAUCACCCUACCAGCGCAGCAGGAAAAUCUUAACCGCGAAGAGCUUGGCUGACGCUUUGAAAGGAAGUGAUACCUACGCUAGGACAAAAGCUGUCCCAGGGCCAAUGGCUUUAGGGUUGCUGCGAACAGCUAGAUGGCGACAAGCCCCAGCCACAGACAAUCAAAAGGCGUGGCUUCGAAAGCGGUUGGGUAAACGUGAUGAUGCGCUUGAAAAUUUGGAGGAUUCCGCGAAGAAAACUGGGCCAAAACCAAUAGCUGAGAAGAUAUCCACAAUGACUAAAGGGGAAGCUGCAAACAUCAUCACCAGACUAAAGCACGGUGCUCAAGCUCGAUACCAGAAGAGGGCUAAAGAAAGCAGACGAGCUGCUCAGUCUGUAGAGAAGGAAAGGCUGAGACGUGCCCGAGAACACGUCUCAGUUGGUCCUUUGCACUCCGGUGCUUGAAUCAACGAGAGGUCUACAUUCUCAGUUGAAACAGAGUAGAUAGAGAGGGCGCGACAGCGAGUCGACUUUGCAGUGUUGCAAUAGCAGCCUGCACGUCUAGAUUAGCGCAGAUCCGGCAACUAUUAAUACAUAAUAUCAUACCUUCUGGGCUAUCCCUACGAUACGAUCUAACUCAGCCGAAUCCUGAAAGCUCCUGGGUGCUUGCACUAAACUGGCCAACAGUGAUCCCACAAGAGAAUCACCAGCACCAGUAACAUUGACGAUGCUCGACACGUCCAGAAGACGGGCCGGAUAAUGCUUCAAUACAAGGCUUUGUCCAGU